AUGGCACCGCGCACUAACGGCCGUGGGGUCCAGGCAGAGGACACCAAGAUCUGUGUGGUGAUGGUUGGUCUGCCGGCACGAGGCAAGAGCUACAUCGCCCAGAAAGCCCAACGAUAUCUCACUUGGCUCUCCCUCAACGCCCGCACCUUCAACGUCGGCAGUUACAGACGCACCGAGGCACCCCAACCGUCCGCCGACUUCUUCGACAUAGGAAAUACCGAGGGCGAGAAGAGACGCCGGGCGGCAGCUGAGGCUGCCGUCGCUGACAUGCUGGGCUGGUUCCGGCAGGGCGGCGUCAUCGGCAUCUUGGACGCGACCAAUUCCACCAAGGAGCGCCGCAAGUGGGUGAUGGAUGUGUGCACAGCCGAAGGCAUUGAGGUCCUUUUUGUCGAGUCGAAAUGCGACGACGAGAAGCUGAUCAUGGGGAAUAUCCGCGACGUCAAGACUACGAGUCCCGAUUACAAGGGUCAGGACCCUGAGAAAGCCGCCCUCGACUUCCGCAACCGCAUAAAGAACUACGAGAAGGUAUACAAGUCCAUCGACGAGGACGGCGACGAGGACAGCUAUACGUACCUGAAGAUCAUGGAUACGGGAAGUCAGGUCAUCAUCAACCGGAUACAGGACUAUCUGCAAAGUCGGGUGGUCUACUAUCUUAUGAAUUUGCAUAUUCGACCUCGGUCGGUGUGGCUCUCGAGACACGGCGAGUCCUUGUACAACCUCUACGGUAGAAUCGGGGGUGACGCGGACUUGUCUGAAAGAGGCCACCAAUAUGCAAAGAGACUACCUGACCUCGUUCGAGAGUCGGUUGGUGGAGACCGACCCCUCACAGUAUGGACCUCGACGCUCAAACGCACGAUAUCUACAGCGCGCCACCUACCCGAUAACUAUAAUCAACUGCAGUGGAAGGCCCUUGAUGAGCUGGAUGCUGGUGUGUGCGACGGUAUGACGUACCAGGAAAUCAAGGACGUCUACCCGGACGAUUUCAUAGCUCGCGAUGAAGACAAGUACAACUACCGAUACCGGGGUGGCGAGUCGUACCGCGAUGUGGUGAUCCGGCUAGAGCCCAUCAUCAUGGAGCUGGAGCGGUCCGAAGACAUCUUGAUUGUCACGCACCAGGCAAUCCUGCGCUGCAUAUACGCCUACUUCAUGAAGAAGGAUCAGACCAAGUCGCCCUGGAUGAACGUGCCACUGCACUGCUUGAUCAAGCUGACGCCCCGUGCUUAUGGCACAGAUGAGGUGAGGUAUCAGGCAGACAUCCCAGCUGUGAGCACGUGGCGUGGCAAAGGAAGCACUGCGAAGCACGAGGAUCCUAUACCGGACUCUGGCGUCGCGCAUUGA